AUGGGAGUACUUGGUUAUUUCAAAAGUUAUAUAACAGGUGAAGAUUCGUCAUCAUCAUCAUCAGAUAAAAGAUCAUUACAAGAACAACCAGAUUUAAAGAAUGAUAGUCAAGAACAACAAGGUGGUCAACAACAAAAACAAAAGAAACAAGGAAAGCAAUCAAAAACAAAACAAGGACAACAACAAGCAACACCAACAAUAAUCAAAGAAGAUCCAUGGAGACUUGACAAGAGAAAAGAAAAUCUUAUACAAAUAUACUUUGAUUCAGACCAAUGGGUAAAGUCUAUGGACAAUAGACUCUAUUCUAAAAUAUACAACUAUGGCUUUUCAGUACAGAACCCAGAGAGAUCAAUGUGGACGUUUGGUGCAUUGGGAGGAGCGUUUGGCUACAUCUUUACCAACUCUUUUGUCAAAAACUAUCCUCUUCAAACCAUUAAAUCUAUUCUCUUGAUCUCUGCUACAUUUGGAGGAGCCUAUUAUUCAUCAAACGUUAUCUAUGAAAACGUAAAGGAUGAAAUACCAUUGUGGAGAGAACAAAGUUUAGAUAUUAUCGAUUUCAGAGACAACAUCAAAGAAAUUCUACCAAUCAUGUAUAGAAACGAAAGAUUCAAGAUUAUCGAAGAAUUUGAUAAAGAAAAUAGAGAUGCUAUCAAUUAUGCUAGAAUUCAUUGGACAAAAAAGGAAUAA